AUGAAGUCUUACACGGUCAUCAUGCUGGCUUCGGCCGCUGUUAGCCAGGCCCUCCAGCAGUGCUCCGGCACGGCCAAGGAAGAGGGUGGUAACUGGUGGUGCGGUGCUGUUGAUCAGAUCUUGUACUCCAAUGUCGGUCAUCCUGGCUCUUACAAGGCUGUCAACCAUAUGGGUGACGAUGGUUCUUGCACCUUUGAGGACGUCGCUUUCUCUGGCCCUCUGGCCCCUUUCAACGAGGAGCUUGUUCCCGUCUUCCGUGGUCCCAUGAACCUCAAGCAGGUUGCUGUGUACAGCCUGUCUACCAAGGCCAAGCGCUCCCCUCCCGUUUCUCACGUCCACGCUCGUCGGCAUGGUCGGCAUGGUCACCAGCACCUCCACAAGAAGUCGGUCGAGUCUCCCAAAGAGGAGCCCAAGGAGGAGAAGCGCGGUGAAGACUGGGUCGUUGCGGAAAUCGACGGCAAGGUUGUGUCCUGGAUCAACAACUACUUCGGCCCUACCCAAGCGGCACCCGCUGCGACUCCAGCUGUCGCUCCUGUUGUUGCUGCGCCCAGCCCAACUCCCACUCCCUCUCAGGCCCCUGCCGCUGCUGCUAUUCCUCAGCCUGCCUCUCAGGCUUCGAGCUCCAAGGCUGCCGCCAGCUCCAAGGCUGCUUCAAGCUCUGGCUUUGUCAGCGGUGACUACGAUCUUGUCGGUUACUACAACGCUGAUAAGGCUAUUGCUAACGGCAUCGUGUUCCUUGGCAACUACGGUGGCCAGGGCUCUGGCAAGUUUGACAACGUCUUUGGUAACUCUUUGUCCUACCUGAAUGCCGCUGGUACUGGUGGUGCCGCUUCACCUGAGGUCUUGAACCCGAUCACCCUCAAGUCCAACCAGGAGUUCCUGAUUGCCAGCGACAAGUCAUGCGAUGAUGGCGGCUGCGGAUACUCUCGCCCUGGCUCCGUUGCGUACCACGGCUUCAAGGGUGAGGAUUCGGUCUGGCUCUUUGAGCUGAGCAUGCCUCUCGAUGGAACCACUGGUUUCAACGCCGACAUGUCCGCCCUUUGGUUCCUCAACGCUCGCAUCCCUCGCACUGCUCAGUACAACACUUGCUCCUGCUGGCCUGCCUGCGGUGAGCUUGACGUCCUCGAGGUCCUCGCCACUGGCGACACCAAGUGCAAGUCGACUUUCCACUCCAACGUCCCUGGCGGCUCAUCCGACUACUUCGACCGUCCUACUGGCGCGCCCGUCAAGGUCGCCGUUGUCCUGGACGGCGACUCUGGCCAGGUCUCAGUCAAGAUGUUGGACUCCAGCGUCGACUUCGCCUCAGGCAUCACCCGCUCUCAGGUGGAGAGCUGGCUCUCUGCCGACUCCGUCUCGACCGCAAGCACCGGUGGCAAGAGCAACAAGGUCUCCUUGUUCGCUCUGUCGUCUUAA